AUGCUGGAUCUUGACUGCAACGAAUUUGUAAAAAACGAGGAAACAUACUAUGAUAGAGUUAUAAAAUGCGAUCCUUUGUAUGAUAAAGUAGCUCUGAUAUUGAAUUGUAGAAGUCAAUUUAAAACAACGAUAGCAUUAAAUUUUAUAUGCGCUUUACUAUAUUUAAAUGAAGAAGGCCAAACUAGGAGAAAAUCUUUGUAUAUUCAUGCUCAAAAUAUGAUUAGAAUCAGCGGUUGUCUCACUGCCAUGACAAAUCUCUUCAUAAGCUUUAUGUUGUAUCAAGAUACCUUGAAAGCUUUGUGUCGGAGCAUCAGCGAGGCUUGCCGGGACUCUGCGACCAAUCAGACAUGUUGCUCACAUCUCAUACCUUUGUGUAUACGACGAUGUCGCGGGGGAAGUUUAGACAUGUUUAUUGUGUUACAAAGUCUGUUGUCGUACAACCGUCACAAUGUUAAACUGUUUUAUGAAAGCGAUGGAAUAACAAUAUUUACAAGAGAAUCAUUACAACACCCAUUUUGCUUGCAACUGUUGAACACCGUCGUCGAGAAUACGACAAAUGAAAAUAAGGAUGUGUUAUUAAAGUCAACUUAUGUAUUUGAGCAUCUUCGAUAUUUACAGCAUCGAUAUGGUGGAUCAAAUCUGAUAGGAGAUUGGAUAUCCAUAAUUUUGUUUUCUUAUCGAAAGGUUUUUAAUAAAAAUGUUGAAAUAAAAAAGAUUCCCAUCAACCAAAUAGAAGAUAUAGACACUAAUAAUUAUUCAAAAAAUGUUUGUUCUAACAAAAUUAAAACGUUAAGUGAUACGAAUGAAUUGUUUCGAAAUAUUUUGAAUGAAUUAGGACAUCAAAAAGCGAAUUUUAAACAUUACAAAAAUACAAAAGAAACAAAAAACAGUAUUAAUAUCAAUUUCGAUAAUGAUUACCAUCAAACAAUGAAUGUAGAGGAGAAAAGACUCAAAGAUAUUGUAAGCAAGCCAGUUUUAAGCCGGGCCGGGAGCUAUGAUCUUUCGUUUUCAAGUAUAUUGAAAGAUCGUCUAAAUUAUUUUAAAGGUCAAAAGCUACAAACCAAUCAAACCAUCAAAAAGGACAGAACCCUCACAACCCAAAUUUAUAGUAACAAAAAUCAUUCUCUUUUGUUCUUUUCUGAGGAAGGCCCUCGAAAUAUAACUCAAAAUUUAGAAAAAGCUUCUAUUUCAACGUUGACAGAAAAUGAAGAUCAAGACUCUACGUUUAAGUUUGCGCCUCCUUUUGUUUCUACUCCGAAAAAAAGUAAAACGUUGAGAUCUUCAUCCAUAUCACAGUCAGUCCAUCAAUUUUCAAAAUUAUCAAGAUGUAAGCGAAAAUAUAACAAACAAACUAAAAUAAAUAAAGACAUAAUUAUUAAGAGAAUAUUAUUAGAAAGUAAACAGGUACAGAAUAAAUCACUCGGUGCCAAAUUUAUCGACAUCCUCAACGGAUCUUGCACGACUCUUGUGAAAAGCUUCACUUGCUUCAAAAAUAUAUUUCGUAGUAAGGAAUCAUCGACGUCUAGAGACGAAAACGUCAAUAAAUCUCGUACAACCAAUUUUAAUUUACCUAGUAAUACUUUUACAAAUUACAUGCAUAAUAGAGAUGCACACACUGACCAUCGUAGUAAAAACAAGGAUGGAACAUUUUUUAAUACCGAGUUUAGUAUCGAAGAUGAUAAGUAUCACUUACAGGAGUGCAACACGUGCAACGAUACUAUUACCUUACAACAGAAAUUUAAAAAUGAUUUAAAAUUACAACAAACAGUUAAAAAAUUAAAAUUUGGUAUAAACUUGUAUGGAUGUGAUUUCAAGAAAAUAUCAAGAAUUAUGUGGCCAAACGAACACUACAUGACCCCGAACGUGUUGUACAAUUUAUAUCGGAAACUUAUAAUAAAAUAAGUUACAAUAAGUAUGUACUUA